CCCACCAAGCCUUCCCCUACUCUCGUCGCACCAUAUAACACACCCCUCCUCCUCCUUUGGGAUCGGAUCUGCAUAGUCCGUACACUCGGAGCCCCUCCGAUCGCUACGCCUCGGAAGAAGAAGAAGAAGAUGACUUAGCAGAGUCUAUUGAUCCACACACCCACACACAUUCAUAUUCAUACAUUCAACACUUUUCAUUUCUUAUUUUUCGUCUUGGGAAGAACGAUCGAUCAUGAUGAUGACGAUGAUGAUGAAGUUAUGUUCGUGCAGACCUAGCUUUUUCUCGGGUUCGGUUCGUUGGAAUUCUGUAGUUUGAUUCAAUCAAUUUUGAUUUGUCGGAGAAUUUUUGCAAAUUGGGAAAUGGUGGUUUCUCCAGUCAAGUUCCUUUUCGGCUUCUUGUUAUUUUGUAUUCUGCUGUGGUUGCUCUUCAUAUUUGCUUCAAAACUUCUCGCUUGGUUUUUAAGUCGCAAAGUGGGAGCAUUUGUCAAAUUUCGUGUUGGUGGAUGGAAAUGUCUGAGGGAUGUUGUUGUCACAUUCAAAAAGGGCCCUAUUGAAUCUUUAUCGAUUGGAGAAAUUAAAAUAAGCUUACGUCAGUCAUUGGUCAAACUUGGGUUUGGUUUUUUCUCCAGAGAUCCAAAGCUGCAAUUGUUAAUAUGCGAAUUAGAAAUAGUAAUGCGGCCUUCAACUAAAAGCACAUCUGAAGCUAAAACUAAAAAGCCACGUGCUUCAGGCAGGGGGAAAUGGAUGGUUGUUGCCAAUGUUGCAAGGUUUUUAUCCAUUUCUGUGACAGAUUUGGUUUUGAAGACGCCAAAAGCUACUCUUGAAGUGAAGGAACUGAUAGUUGACAUAUCUAAAGAUUCUCAAUCUAAGCAAAAUCUGUCUGUUAAGCUACAUAUAUUGCCUAUUGUUGUUCACUUGGGUGACCAACGAGUUAUGUGUGAUCAGUCCUCCAGUUUCAGCUCUGGAGGAUGCCUUCCCACCGGCACUUUGAGCUCUGCCAUUUUGGAGAGAUCAUCUGCUGCUUUUGUCUGUGAAGAGUUUUCUCUCUGUUCUGAAUUUGGUCAUGAUAGGGAAGUUGGUGUAGUCAUCAAGAAUGUGGACAUAGAAUGUGGGGAGGUCACUGUGAACCUAAAUGAGGAGAUGCUUUCAAAAAGCAAGAGUUCAUCUCAAGCUUCUUAUCAGUCUGAUGUAGCUAUAGAGUCAACUGUUCGCUCUUUGGACACUAAAAACGUAAACAAAAAACCACGCGCUGCUGCUGCUCUUUCAAAGUAUACCUCUGUAAUUCCAGAGAAGCUGUGCUUCAAUUUACCAAAGUUGGAUGUGAAAUUUGUGCACCGAGAACACAAUAUUGUUGUUGAGAAUAACAUAAUGGGAAUCCAGUUGAAGAGCAUCAAAUCACAAGCCAGUGAAGAUGCGGGAGAUAGUACACGCAUUGACGUUCAACUGGAUUUUAGUGAGAUUCAUCUACUUAGAGAAGCUGGCUCUUCUGUCCUGGAGAUACUAAAAGUGGAUGUCGUUUCAUUUGUCUAUGUUCCUACACAGCCAUCAUUACCUAUUAGAGCUGAAGUUGAUGUAAAACUUGGCGGUACUCGAUGCAACAUUAUAAUAAGUAGAUUACAGCCAUGGUUGCGCCUCCAUUUUUCUAAAAAGAAGAGAAUGGUGCUGCAGGAUGAAGUUUCUUCUAUUAAAAGCCCACCAGUUAGUGAUGCCAAAGCUAUUAUGUGGACAUGUACUCUUUCAGCUCCUGAGAUGACUAUUGUUCUUUAUAGUAUCAGUGGUGUGCCACUAUAUCAUGGUUGCUCUCAAUCAUCGCACGUAUAUGCAAAUAACAUUUCUGAUACUGGAACCGCUGUACACAUGGAACUUGGAGAAUUAAAUUUGCACCUAGCAGAUGAAUACCAAGAAUGCUUGAAAGAAAACCCUUUUGGUGUUGAAUCAAAUUCUGGUUCCUUAGUGCACAUAGCAAAGGUUAGUUUGGAUUGGGGCAAGAAGGAUAUGGAAUCAUCUGAGGAAGAUGGUCCCAGGUGUAAAUUGGUUUUGUCUGUUGAUGUAACUGGUAUGGGUGUUUAUUUGACUUUCAAGCGUGUUGAGUCAAUUAUAUCAACAGCUAUGUCUUUUCAAGCGCUCUUGAAAACUCUUUCUGCCUCUGGAAAAAGAACAUCACAGGGGCGUGGUGGGGGGCGUUCAUCCAAAUCGUCAGGGAAGGGAACUCGACUUUUGAAGUUUAAUCUUGAAAGGUGUUCUGUAAAUUUCAGUGGUGAAUCAGUUCUGGAAAAUACUGUUAUUGAUGACCCUAAGCGUGUAAAUUAUGGAUCACAAGGUGGUCGAGUUAUAAUAAGUGUCUCAGCUGAUGGCACACCUCGACGUGCAAACAUAAUGUCUACACUUUCUAAUGAAUCCAAAAAGUUAAAGUAUUCCAUUUCUCUUGACGUAUUUCAUUUCAGUUUGUGUGUAAACAAGGAUAAACAGUCAACGCAGAUGGAACUUGAACGAGCUAGAUCAAUUUAUCAGGAAUAUUUGGAUGAGCAAAAAAUGGAAACAAAAGUGACACUGUUUGACAUGCAAAAUGCUAAAUUUGUACGACGAUCUGGUGGUCUUAAAGAGAUUUCUGUAUGUUCUCUUUUCAGUGCAACUGAUAUUACAGUUAGGUGGGAGCCUGAUGUACAUCUAAUGCUCUUUGAACUGAGUUUGAAAUUAAAGUCACUUGUACACAUUCAGAAACUUCAGCAACGAAGUAAUGAGUUUAUGGGAGAUGCUGAAGAGAAGAAACAUGCCACUGUUGAAUCAGGAACUUCUGAUAAGCACAAGAAAAAGGAAUCUAUUUUUGCUGUUGAUGUGGAGAUGCUGAGCAUAUCGGCUGAGGCUGGAGAUGGGGUUGAUGCACUGGUUCAGGUUCAGUCAAUUUUUUCUGAAAAUGCCCGAAUUGGAGUACUUCUUGAAGGACUUAUACUUAGUUUUAAUGGUUCCAGAGUAUUCAAAAGUAGCCGCAUGCAAAUUUCACGUAUCCCUAGUGUCUCAAUGGGUUCAUCUGGUGUGAAAGGACCUGUAAGUAACACAUGGGAUUGGGUAAUUCAAGGCCUUGAUGUUCACAUUUGCAUGCCAUACAGGUUGCAAUUGCGUGCUAUUGAUGAUUCUGUUGAGGAUAUGUUGCGCUGUCUUAAACUAGUAACUGCUGCUAAAACUAGUCUUAUUUUUCCGGUGAAGAAAGAUAACCUAAAAGCUAAGAAGCCCAGCUCAAUAAAUUUAGGCUGUCUCAAGUUUUGCAUACGCAAGCUAACUGCUGAUAUUGAGGAGGAGCCAAUGCAGGGUUGGCUUGAUGAACAUUUUCAACUGAUGAAGAAUGAGGCCUCUGAGUUAGCUGUUAGACAGAAAUUUCUUGAUGAUUAUGUAUGCAAGCUGAACCAAAGCUCUAAAACUGCUGAUGUAAGUGACUCUAGUCAGGAAAGAAAGGUUUGCUUUAAUGGAAUUGAGAUCGAUAUACAAGAUCAUUCAGCUGUCACUAAAAUGCAGGAAGAAAUUUAUGAAAAAUCAUUCCUGUCAUAUUACAAGGCAUGUCAAAAUCUAUUACCAUCAGAAGGUUCAGGAGCUUGCCGUACAGGGUUUCAGUCUGGUUUUAGGCCAAGCACUGCUAGAACUUCUCUUCUCUCCAUUACAGCUACUGAUUUGGAUUUAAGCUUGACAAGGAUUGAUGGUGGGGAUGAUGGCAUGAUAGAGGUUUUAAAGAAGCUUGAUCCUGUCUGUAGUGAAAAUAAUAUACCAUUUUCUAGAAUGUAUGGGAGGAAUAUUAACUUGCAUACAAGCUCUCUUGUGGUUCAACUACGAAAUUAUACUCUUCCCCUGUUUUCUGCUACUUCUGGGAAAUGUGAAGGUCGUGUUGUGCUUGCGCAGCAGGCAACUUGUUUUCAACCUCAAAUUUACCAAGAUGUCUUCAUUGGGAAAUGGAGAAAAGUGCGCAUGCUUCGAUCUGCUAGUGGUACAACUCCACCAAUGAAAACAUAUUCAGAUCUGCCUCUUCAUUUUCAGAAAGCAGAAGUGUCAUUUGGAGUCGGAUAUGAGCCAGCUUUUGCUGAUAUUAGCUAUGCUUUUACUGUGGCUCUUCGUAGGGCUAAUUUAAGUGUGAGAGAUUCUUCUGGUACAUCCAUUUCACAAACACAGCCGUUAAAAAAGGAGCGAAGUUUACCUUGGUGGGAUGAAGUAAGAAAUUACAUUCAUGGAAGUAUCACCUUAAAGUUUUCUGAAACCAUAUGGAAUGUUCUUGGAACUGUUGAUCCUUAUGAGAAGCUUGACAAACUUCAAAUUAUCUCUAGUUUUAUGGAGAUUCAACAGUCAGAUGGCCGUGUUUAUGUUUCCGCCAAGGAUUUUAAGAUUUUAGUUAGCAGUUUAGAGAGUUUAGCAAGCAGUCGUGGUGUAAAACUUCCUAGAGCUGUGUCAAUUGCACUUAUUGAAGCACCGGAGUUUACCCUUGAAGUUACAAUGGAUUGGGAAUGUGAAUCUGGCACUCCUUUGAAUCAUUAUUUAUAUGCACUUCCACAUGAAGGGGAACCUCGCAUAAAAGUCUACGAUCCCUUCCGAUCUACUUCGUUGUCUCUGCGCUGGAACUUUUCUCUACCUUCUUCUUGUGAAAAGCAAUCUUCUACCAUGAGAGACACUGCUGAUGUAGAUGGAACUGUUCAUGAUCCUCCAACAGUGAAUUUUGGAGCUCAUGACCUAGCAUGGAUGCUAAGGUUCUGGAACAUGAAUUAUAUUCCUCCUCACAAACUGCGUUCCUUCUCUCGUUGGCCUCGUUUUGGAAUUCCAAGAGUUCCAAGGUCAGGCAACUUGUCCUUAGACAAAGUUAUGACUGAAUUCAUGCUCCGUAUAGAUGCUACUCCUACUUGUAUAAAGCAUAUGCCACUAGAUGAUGAUGAUCCAGCCAAAGGACUGACAUUCAAUAUGGAUCAGCUAAAAUAUGAACUCUGUUAUAGUCGAGGGAAGCAAAAGUACACUUUUGAAUGCAAGCGUGACCCUCUUGAUCUUGUUUACCAGGGUCUUGACCUUCAUGUGCUUAAGGCAUUUCUAAAUAAAAACCAAAGUACCAGUAUUGCAAAAAUGGUUCAAAUGAUAAGGAAAAACACACAACCUGCAUCAAGUGAGAAAGUUCCUGGUGAAAAAGGUAACAACACGAACAACUUCUCAGAGAAGCAUAGUGAUGAUGGAUUUUUGUUAUCAUCUGAUUAUUUCACAAUCAGAAGGCAAGCUCCUAAGGCUGACCCUGCUACGUUGUUAGCUUGGCAAGAAGCUGGAAAAAGAAAUGACGAGAUAACAUAUGUGAGGUCUGAGUAUGAAAAUGAUAGUGAGAGUGAUGAGCAUACAAGAUCUGAUCCAAGUUAUGAUGAUGGGUACAAUGUGGUAAUAGCUGACAAUUGCCAGCGUGUUUUUGUUUUUGGUCUCAAGCUUUUGUGGACAAUAGAGAAUAGAGAUGUUGUCUGGUCUUGGGUUGGUGGUAUAUCCAAAGCAUUUGAACCCCCGAAACCUUCUCCAUCUCGACAGUUUGCACAGAGAAAAUUGCUUGAGGAGAACCAAGUACGUGAUGGAUCUGAUACACAGCAAGAUGGGAUCUUAAAGCCCCUUACUACCAGCCAAGGUGUAAGUGUUCCUAACCAACAUACAGAGACAUCGGGAUCAGUUUCAUCUCCGUCACAUUCAGUCAAAGUAGAAAACUCAUUGCCUGCACUUAAAAUGGAGAACUUGUCAUCUGUUGCAAUUGUUAAAGAUGGAAAACUUAAUGGUUCUGAAGAAGAUGGAACUCGUCAUUUCAUGGUGAAUGUUUUUGAGCCACAGUUUAACCUUCACUCAGAAGAGGCUAAUGGAAGAUUUCUGCUUGCUGCUGUCAGUGGUCGUGUUUUAGCCCGGUCAUUUCAUUCAGUGCUUCAAGUUGGCUUUGAGAUGAUUGAGCAAGCACUUGGUAGUGGAAAUCUCCCUAUUCCAGAGUGUGAACCCGAAAUGACAUGGAAGCGCACGGAAUUAUCAGUGAUGUUAGAGCAUGUUCAGGCUCAUGUGGCUCCUACUGAUGUUGACCCUGGGGCUGGAUUGCAGUGGCUUCCCAUAGUUCUUAGAAGGUCUCCCAAAGUUAAACGUACUGGUGCUCUUCUUGAGAGAGUAUUUAUGCCUUGCGAUAUGUAUUUUCGGUACACAAGGCACAAAGGUGGGACUCCAGAAUUAAAGGUGAAGCCCUUGAAAGAGCUCACUUUUAAUUCUCAUAAUAUCACGGCCUCAAUGACUUCACGUCAAUUUCAAGUUAUGGUGGAUGUCUUGACAAAUCUUCUUUUUGCCCGUUUACCUAAGCCUCGUAAAAGUAGCCUUUCAUUUCCCGUUGAAGAUGAUGAAGAUGUUGAGGAGGAAGCAGAUGAGGUGGUUCCUGAUGGUGUUGAAGAGGUGGAGCUUGCAAGAGUUCAUCUUGAGGAGAAAGAGCGAGAGCAAAAGUUGAUACUCAAUGACAUUAGGAAAUUGUCUGAGAAUUCUGGAGACCUAUACCUAGAGGAGGGGGACCUUUGGUGGAUUACUGGUGCAAGGUCCAUUCUGGUGCAAGGACUAAAGAAAGAGCUUAUUAAUGCCAAGAAAUCUAGGAAGGAAGCAUCUGCAUCAUUGAGGAUGGCUCUACAGAAAGCUGCUCAACUACGGCUUAUGGAGAAAGAGAAGAACAAAAGUCCAUCAUAUGCUAUGCGUAUAUCUCUGCGAAUUAACAAAGUGGUUUGGAGCAUGCUUGUUGAUGGUAAAUCUUUUGCUGAAGCUGAGAUAAAUGACUUGAUUUAUGACUUUGACCGAGAUUACAAGGAUGUUGGAGUUGCUCUUUUCACAACUAAAUAUUUUGUUGUCCGAAACUGCCUGCCCAACGCAAAGUCAGAUAUGCUUUUAUCAGCAUGGAAUCCUCCACCAGAGUGGGGAAAAAAAGUUAUGCUUCGUGUGGAUGCAAAACAGGGAGCUCCGAAGGAGGGUCAUUCUAUCCUUGAACAAUUUCAGGUUGAGAUUUACCCCCUUAAAAUCCAUCUGACGGAGACCAUGUACCGGAUGAUGUGGGAAUAUUUAUUCCCCGAAGAAGAACAAGAUUCACAGAGGCGGCAGGAAGUCUGGAAGGUUUCUACAACUGCGGGUUCAAAACGUGUUAAGAAAGGCUCUUCAACUCAUGACACUCCAAAAGAGAAUGAGAACCCAUCAAAACCAAGUGUCUCCUUGUCAUCCGUCGGUCAACCCUCUAUUGUAUCUGAUUCUUGUCAAGCUUUGAGCUUGCAAAACCAGACAGAUAAUAUUGUUAGCAGGCCAACCCCAGUGUUACGGAGAACUUCUUCUUUUGAUAGAUCAUGGGAAGAGACUGUGGCAGAGUCUGUUGCUACUGAGCUGGUCUUGCAGAGUAUUUCUUCUUCCAAAAAUGCUCCACUUGAUUCUGUCGAGCAACAAGAUGAAUCGUCAAAGAAUAAACUGAAAGAUCCCAAGAAUCUCAAAACUGGUAGGUCAUCCCAUGAAGAGAAAAAAGUAGCAAAAUCACACGAGGAGAAAAGAUCUAGGCCACGAAAAAUGAUGGAGUUUCAUAAUAUUAAGAUUAGCCAGGUUGAGCUGCUGGUUACUUAUGAGGGAUCAAGGUUUGUUGUGAAUGAUCUUAAGUUACUAAUGGAUACAUUUCACCGCGUUGAGUUUACGGGGACUUGGCGGAGAUUAUUCUCGCGUGUUAAGAAGCAUAUCAUAUGGGGUGUCUUAAAGUCCGUAACGGGGAUGCAGGGCAAGAAGUUUAAAGACAAAGCACAUAGUCAGAGAGAACUGACUGGGUCUAGUGUGCCUGAUAGCGAUCUUAAUUUCAGCGACAAUGAAGGUCAGGCAGGAAAAUCUGAUCAGUACCCGUUGGUUUGGCCUAACCGUCCAAGUGAUGGAGCAGGCGAUGGCUUUGUCACUUCAAUUAGAGGUCUAUUCAAUACUCAACGACGCAAGGCAAAGGCGUUUGUUUUGAGGACAAUGAGGGGUGAAACGGAAAAUAAUUUCCAAGGUGAUUGGAGCGAAAGUGACGUAGAGUUGUCUCCCUUUGCUAGGCAACUCACGAUGACAAAGGCUAAGAGGCUUAUAAGGCGCCACACGAAAAAGUUCUACUCUAGACAAAAAGCUUCCUCGUCCCAACAGAAAGAAUCACCUCCCUUAUCACCAAGGGAGACCACUCCAUUCGAAAGUGAUUCUUCAAGUGGAACCUCGCCAUACGAGGAUUUUCAUGACUAGACUAAACAUCUUGGAAUCGAAACAAAAUUGGAAGCCAUAUUCUCAGAAUGGAAGUGAGGAACAAAAUUCAAACACUCAGAACCAGACGACCCCCACUCGAGUAAAAGAGGUUAAUUUGAUUUUGUUCUCCCGAUUAUCUUCUGAAAGGAGAUGGAUUCUAGCCUGUAUUGGCGCGAUCUACUCGAAGAGGAUAUGGUGAUCGAACCGAAAGUGUUGCUGGUUUGAUUUGUAGCUGGUUUCUCUUCUCACGUAGUUUUAGAGCUCAAUUUUGAUGGUGGUGAGGAAGCUAGUUGACUUUCAAUUUUGUAUAGUUUUUGAUCAGAUUACUAAAAGUUCAAUGAUCUCAUUUCUUUGUACAUACAUUCAAAUAUAUAAUAUAUAGAAAGAAUAAGAAAAUGCAGUAAAUUUUGCAUUUGUAUGGAACCAAAAAUGUUAGUGUGGAUACUUUGUUUAUUUAUCUGUCACAUCCUUAUAA